GUGACGCUCCCGUCAGACUUGAACAGACUCAAGCGCAGGCAACAAGCCAAAGGACCUCAAGCGAGCCCUCAGUUCGAAAAAUCUCAACAAAAAUGGCUUUGUGGAUGUGGAACAAUCCUUUCCAAUUCUCCCGGCCGUCUCGCCUUCUCGACCAACACUUCGGCAGCGUUCUCGAACCGGAAGAUUUACUGUCGCCUCUGACCCCUCGAGAGUUCGGCGGUUUGCUACGUUUUCCUUCUGAAUAUCUGCGUCCGUGGAGGUCUGCACUUUCCCAACAGGACGUCGGCUCCACCGUGCGCUACGACAAGGACAAAUUCGAGGCGAAUUUGGACGUGCAGCAGUUCAAGCCGGAGGAGAUCACGGUGAAGGUGAGCGACGACACGGUCACUAUCGAAGGAAAACAUGAGGAGAAGCAGGACGAGCAUGGGUAUAUUUCGAGGCAUUUCGUGAGGAGGUAUGUGGUGCCGAAAGGGCAUGAUAUCAGGAAAGUGGAGUCCACGUUGUCUUCGGAUGGAGUGCUUACCAUCAGGGCACCCAAGAUUGAUAGUGGGAAAGAGGAGGAACGGAGUAUUCCGGUUGUCCAGACGGGGCAGCCUUCCAAGGCCGUGGAGCAGAAGACCGAGAAGAAAAAAGAGAAAUAAUUUAACUUAAAAUGUAUUAAUUUCUGAUGACUGAUUGUGAUAUUGUAAUUGUGUUUUGUGUUUUCUGUUCAAAAUAAAUAAAACUAGACCAAAAUAAA